GUCGGAGACACACGAACUGUACAAACGAUCAAGACCGACGUUACCAGGACGAGGAUACGGGUAAUAUCAUGGGUCCAGACCAGCCACUUCCCCUGCCUGCCGAGUUCGACAACGUCGAUGAAUUUGUCGAUUCACUCUUGAAGUUCAGCACAUCAUCAUGGCUUUUGCAAACAUUGUGUGGAGGCGUCCACGUGCUUGAUUUCUACACCCGCUCACCGGAUCUAUACUCUACCAUUCUAUCGCAGUCAUGGAGAGACUGGUUCAGGAGCCGGGACAUUAUGGACACUCUUGACUUGCUGAUGCGAGAGGAUCUGACCCAAUUCGAUAACGGAACUCAAAGUUGGCGCAAUGGCCCAGCUCCACCAGAGGAUCUCAUCCAAUACAUCAAAGAAGUCCGAAAGCAUCUACUUGCACGAGACUUCCCUCCUCCAGGCUCAGCACCACAGCCCGAAAAGGCAUCCUUGGCAAGGCACAUCACCAUGGGUAUGAAGGUCAAGAAAGUGCACGAAGUCGACCAUUUCGCACGCUAUCUUGACAACUUGACCUCUGAGAUUGCAUCAUCCGGCAAGGAGCCCAUUACACACCUUGUAGACUUCGGCUCUGGGCAGAAUUAUCUUGGUCGUGCCCUCGCUGCCCAGCCAUACUCUAAGCACAUUGUUGCUGUUGAGAGCAGACCACACAACAUCGAAGGCGCCAAGAAUAUGGACGUUCUCGCAAAACUGGUAGACAAGCCUUUGGUAAUGAGGAACAAGAAAGAGUACCGAGCUUUGACGGGCAAGGGCAAGAAGAAGAAGCCUAAGAAUCCUCAAGCAAAUGCUUCUUCAGAUGACGUCGAGGCGAAAGCGGCCUCAAAGACCGUGUGCACCCGACCAACUACCAGAACAUACAAUCCUACUCCUGCAACAUCAGAAGACAUUUCUGUUUCCGCUGCCGCGCUGAAGAAUGUAAAAUGCGACGACGAGGGCUGCGCUGUCCAACAAUCGCACGAGCCACGGGUAGAGGCAUCAGAGAUAACCGGCACUGUAGAACGUGACUCGAAAGGCAGCUUUGUCCGAGAAACGAAAACCAGCACAACUAACCUUCAGGUCUACUCAGACGGUCAUGGUAGCGUACAGUACGUGGAGCAUAUUAUCAAAGACGGCGACCUACGCCCCGUCAUAGACCAAGUCCUUGACCCCUCGCACAUUCCAGAAGACAAAGUCAAGACGAUCUCCACAACCACCGAAGUGCCAUCAGACCCCACAGUCCCCCCCAAGUCUCAGAAGGUCAACGCCAUGGUUAUGUCUCUCCACUCCUGCGGUAACCUCGUCCACUACGGUCUCCGCUCUCUGCUCCUCAGCCCCGAAAUCUCCGCCGUCGCAAUGGUAGGCUGCUGCUACAACCUAGUGACCGAACGUCUCGGUCCCCCGACCUACAAGCUCCCCACGCUCCGCCCCAACCAUCCCCGUCUCGAAGCAACGGCCAACGCAUUCGACCCCCAAGGCUUCCCAAUGAGUGAAAAACUCGCACACCACCCCAUCCCCGCGCCGCCAACCGUCAACGCCUCAUCCCCCGACGUAUCAUUCGAGCCUUCGGGCGCCAAAGGGCUGAGACUCAACAUCACAGCGCGCAUGAUGGCCGUGCAAGCGCCCUUCAAUUGGGGCACGUCCGACAGCGAGGUAUUCUUCAACCGGCACUUCUACCGCGCGCUACUGCAGCGAAUAUUCCUCGACCGCGGAAUCGUGUCCGCGCCUGUCGACGCGUCGAACUUCCCCGACGCCGUGAGCGCAAAUGGACACACGAGCCACGUGAACUGGACGCCGCCGGGCGGCCGCGGACCUGGACUGAGUAGCGAUGGAACCAGCACGCCGCUGACGAUUGGCACGUUGAGGAAGUUUGCGUAUGCGGAUUUCGUGAGCUAUGUUCGCGCCGCGGAACAGAAGCUUGUUACGCCGAACUCGUUUUGUGCUGUGGAUCCGGCGUUCAUCAGGAAUAGGAUGGAGGGCUUGACGGACGAUGACAUUCGCGGUUACGAAGAGGCGUAUAAGGAGAGGAAGAAGGAGCUCAGUGUCAUGUGGAGCUUGAUGGCGUUCAGCGCAGGGGUUGUUGAGGCUGUGAUCGUGGUGGAUCGGUGGCUGUGGCUUAAAGAGCAGAGUGAGGUUGAGCAUGCGUGGGUGGAGCCGGUGUUUGAGUACAAGCACAGUCCGCGGAACCUGGUCGUAGUUGGGAUCAAGAAGUAGAGCAUGUUAAAUGCGGUGGGAAUGCCCGUGGCAGUCAUGCUCCAUCGUGUGCGUUCUGAAACUGUUCAAAACGACGGGAUUUCGCCUCUGUAUCAAUGGGGACCCCUAUUACUAGUGCUCUCAUGUUCAAUAAACCCCUUC